AUGAAGAGCACCACUUCUUCAAAACGACGUAUCUCGGUUGUUUGUGGAGAUAUCAAAAAGGUGUCAACUAAUGAAUUAUUCAGCAAUAAAUUCUACACAUUUUUUCAGUUGACCACUUUUUGAAAUCUCUACAAACAACUGAGAUACAUCGUCUUGAAUAAGCGAAUUGAUUGGGAGUGCUAUCAUCAACAUGUAAUCACGAAAAGAGCGAUUAUAAUCGGGUGCUGAUGUCUGUGCAAAGUCAUCAUUAGCCGAAGGUAAAUGUCAGAUUCGUCCGAAGUGUGAUUCAUUUGAAAGUGCGCGGAAAACGAGUGAAUCGGCGCGCUAAUUAGGUCCCCGGGGGGAGACGUUUCGCAACCGGACUCGACACUUUGCAACUGAGCGAGGAGAAGCGGAGAAGCAAGAGGAUUCGCUUGAGCGCGUUUUGCAACGGUUGCGAAACAGUUGCAAAGUGGAAAUGUAAAGCUACAAUAGUUCAAAGUGAUAUUAUCGGUUUCCGAGACUUUGAAAAAUUAGGACGGUCUCUUAUGGUCUCAAAAAGGUCCCGAAACCCCUGAAACGCCUAGAAGAAGAAAAAGAAGAAGAAGAAAAAGAAGAAGAAGAAAAAGAAGAAGAAGAAAAAGAAGAAGAAGAAGAAGAAGAAGAAGAAAAAGAAGAAGAAGAAGAAGAAGAAGAAGAAAAAGAAGAAGAAGAAGAAGAAGAAGAAAAAGAAGAAGAAGAAGAAGAAGAAGAAGAAGAAGAAGAAGAAGAAGAAGAAGAAGAAGAAGAAGAAGAAGAAGAAGAAGAAGAAGAAGAAGAAGAAGAAGAAGAAGAAGAAGAAGAAGAAGAAGAAGAAGAAGAAGAAGAAGAAGAAGAAGAAGAAGAAGAAGAAGAAGAAGAAGAAGAAGAAGAAGAAGAAGAAGAAGAAGAAGAAGAAGAAGAAGAAGAAGUUAUCUCUCUCUCUCUCUCUCUCUCUUCUUCUUUCUAAUGAGCGGUUAGAGUUGGGAGCUCGUUGCCAUGACACUUUGAGAAUGGAAUGA